CAUGAAAAGUCUGAAUGUGGGGACCAAAGUGGGGUAUGCCGAAGGACCGGAUUCAAUGUCUUGGCAUUUUCCUAAACGGGCCAUUUGGCUGUGCUUGGCUCGAAGGCCAAUGUCUUGGUCCCACACUAAAUGUCAACAACCGCCCAGAUCCAACCGCAACGCGUCGUCGAAUUCAUUCUUGGCAACUAGCGAUUAGGGCCUCUCCAUUUCAGAAUCCGGAACAGUUCUUUCCUCGUAUCAAAUGCGGAUCAUCUUGAUUCCAUUUUUUUAGUUUGCCCAGCCGCCUUGGAGUGCUGCAGGACUAAAUGGAAAGUCAGGAUGUCUUGGUAUGGACUUGAAUGAGUCAUAAGGCGGAUUCGUUCGGGUUUAUAUUCUCUUGGGAUCAAGGGGCUCCUGUCUUGGCUGCUGAUCGAGGAGCUCCUUCGCUAUAUAAAUAGCGCUGAAAAUGACCAGCCUCUCGAUAAACGACCCACUUGCGAUAUAUCAUGGGUAUCUCUAGAUUUUUUAGCGACGCCAAUUCCGACAGACUCAAACUAAACAGUCGCACCAACACUAACUAUUCUGUCACUGUUCACCCUACCAAUCCGAACUUUAUCAAUUUGGCUUCUUCGGCGCAUACGUACACGAUUGAAGAACUUGUGUCCGAGAUAGGGACGUCGCGAACGGACGGGCUCUCGAAAAACGAAGCUCACAGACGACUCGAGAGAUAUGGAGAGAAUUUGUUAAAGGGUCGGACGGGUGUUUCUGCUUGGCGCGUCUUGGUAGGCCAACUUGCCAACGCCUUGACACUUGUGCUUCUGGCCGCACUCGCUCUAAGUUUUGGUGUUCAAGAUUUCAUCGAAGGCGCUGUUAUAGCAGCCGUCAUAGCACUAAAUACAACGGUCGGGUUCUUCCAAGAAUAUCGGGCGGAGAAGACAAUGGAGUCACUUCGCCAACUUUCCAGUCCCACGGCACUGGUCAUCCGGAAUGGUGAAAGUUUGCAUGUUCCUGCCAAGACUGUAGUUCCAGGAGAUGUGGUGAUGAUUAAGGACGGAGAUGUAGUACCAUCAGAUAUCCGUCUAAUCAGCAUUUCCAAUCUUGAAGUAUCUGAGCAGCUCCUGACCGGGGAGUCAGUACCAGUUGCUAAGGAUAUCGAGGACAUCGAGGAUCCUCAGCUGGAAAUGCCAAUCGGCGAUCGACUGAAUUUAUGCUACUCGUCUACCGUGGUCACGAAAGGUCGUGGCGUUGGGAUUACCAUCGGAACUGGUAUGAACACCCAGGCGAUGAACCAAAGCCCGUCAGGCAAGCGAGAUGCUACUGCACCUUUGGCCUCUCGGAUUUGGGAUAACAUUUUACACUUCCUUGGUAUUCGCGGCGGAACGCCUCUUCAGAUGAAGCUCUCCAAAUUGGCGUUCAUCCUAUUUGGGUGUGCGAUAAUCUUGGCUAUCAUCGUUUUUGGCGCUGCCAAGUUUGACAUCAACAAUGAAGUCGUCCUGUACGCUAUUGCCACUGCGAUCGCCAUCAUCCCGAGUCACUCUGUCGCCGUCUUGACGCUCACUAUGGCGGUAGGAACGAGAAAGAUGGCUUCGGAGAACGUCAUCGUUCGCAAGCUCGAUGCCCUUGAGAAUCUUGGUGGCGUUACCGAUAUUUGCAGCGACAAGACAGGGACCCUCACAUUGGGCCAGAUGUCCGUGCACACUUUCUGGUUAGGUGGGCUUGGAUCUGACUCUGUGACCUAUUCCGCAGAGGCAGGUCAUAAUGCCAUCGAGCCUGUUGGUACUGUACGACAAGGCAAUGACGAGAAGAGUUCUAUAGUGGAACCCGGGAAACUCGAUGAAGGAUUCGCGCAAACUGUUCGCGCUGCUGCUCUCUGCAACGUUUCCUCUAUCCAUAUGAACUUGAAAGGCGAAUGGAAGUCCACUGGUGACCCAACGGAAGUCGCUCUCCAAGUUUUCGCCACCAAACUGGGUCUGGGACAGCCUUCACUGACCGCAGGGAGUUCAGUUUCCAGCAGCAAAAGUAUCGUUGAGCGAAGCGAUGCUGAUCAUGCCAAAAAAAUCCGGUUUGCUGAUGACGAGGCAAAGCUGAACAAGCGGUUCAAGUUUCUGGUCGAGUUCCCAUUUUCGAGCUCAGUCAAACGGAUGUCCACCAUUUAUAAUGACACGGAGCAGCAGGCUACUGUUGUGAUGUGCAAAGGAGCGGUUGAGAGAAUUUUGGAUUCCUGUGUGACAUAUGUUCCGUCUCCGAUCACCAAACCGAGGGAUACCUUGCCAUUGACUGAAGACAUCAAACGCACAUUCCUUAUCAAGGCAGAGGAACUCGCAUCCGAGGGUCUUCGAGUGAUCGCUCUUGCUCAACGAACGAUAGACUGCGCAGAUGUCCAGAAUAUCUCCCGUGAAGACACAGAGAAGGACCUGACGUUCAUGGCGCUUGCCGGUAUCUUUGACCCGCCAAGACCGGAAUCUGCUGGAGCAGUCAGGGCGUGCAGGGCCGCGGGAAUUGUAGUUCAUAUGUUGACAGGCGAUCAUAUUACGACUGCCAAGGCCAUUGCUGAAUCCGUCGAGAUUAUAACACCGGAUGCGCCUAAGAAUGCUGUUAUGACGGCAACUGAGUUUGAUAGACUCACGGAUGAUGAAAUUGAUGCUCUUCCUGAACUUCCGUUGGUGAUUGCGCGAUGUGCGCCAGAGACUAAAGUGCGGAUGAUUCAAGCCGGGAAGAGGAGGGGCAAGCAUAUGUCCAUGACUGGUGAUGGUGUCAACGACUCCCCAGCAUUGAAACUCGCCCCCGUUGGCAUUGCGAUGGGCAUGGCUGGCUCUGAUGUUGCCAAAGAUGCUGCCGACCUUGUCUUGACCGAUGAUAAUUUUGAUUCGAUUCGUGCAGCCAUUACGGAAGGACGGAGGAUCUUUACGAACAUUCAGCGCUUCGUUCUUCAUCUUCUGACCACCAACGUUGCCGAAGUUGUGCUCCUUAUUGUAGGGCUAUGUUUUAUCGAUGAAGAUGGGCGUAGUGUAUUUCCGCUCAGCCCGCUUGCUGUGCUUUGGGUGAACAUGUUGACUAAUUCUCCGCCUGCCUUUGGUCUAGGGUUAGAGGCUGCUUAUCCUGAUUUGAUGCAGCGGCCGCCUCACUCUGUCAAAGACGGUGUUUUUACAUGGCCUAUCAUCAUUGAUACCGUGGUUUAUGGGGUGAUCAUGGGUGCUACUUGCUUGCUCAGUUUCGUUAUCGUGGUCUAUGGAAAGGGCGAUGAUGAUUUGUAUAGAGAGUGUAAUCAUGCAGCGUCUGAAGGGUGCAAUCUCGUGUUCCGAGCACGAUCUACGGUUUUCGCUACUUUGAUCUUCCAGAUACUGCUAUAUGCCCUCGAAUUGAAGUCCUUCGACCGUUCCUUGUUCUCUUUGACGCCCGGAAGAGCAUUUUACAAAGACCUUUGGGCCAACAAGGUGCUUUUGAUUUCUGUUGUUGGCGGAAUGAUCACUGUCGUUUUGCCUAUCUAUAUUCCCGGAUUUAAUUCUUCGGUAUUUUACCAGCGAGGUAUCGGCUGGGAAUGGGGAAUCGUCUUCGGAAUGACCAUCAUCUUCCUCAUCGGAUGUGAGCUAUGGAAGUUAGCGAGACGACCUCUAUUGAAGCGCUGGUUAUAUAUCCGACCUUCGACAGACAACCUAGAAGGAUAGAUUAUGAAGGAAAACAUAUUGUCUUGCGUUAUAUGCACCUCAAUGUUGCCGCAGGACUCAGUCACAGGACUGACUUUGAUUUCUACCUCCGCGGAUGACGACAUUAGAAUCAUGGUGUAUUUCGAUGUGGCGAGCGCCUAUACAGCUGCCCUAGCGAAAUUACAUAGUCUAUCUGUUACUAGAGCAUUUAUUCUGAGCGAAGAAGGAUGAACUUGUGCCUCGGAAUUGUGGAC